AUGGCUGCUCUACGCUACAGAGUCACUGGGAACCCUCCAAACUACGGUGAUUGUGAUUUAUUUAUUCACCAUGGGGGUCACUUUAUAGAGCAAUGGGAUGGGAACUUGAAGUAUGUUGCUGGGCAUGUGGCUUGGUAUGAUAAUUUAAAUCAAGAUUUGAUGUCAAAAUGGGAUAUUGAGAAUUGUGCUGAGAGUUUAGGGUACAGCAAGACGUCAACAUAUUAUUAUAGAUUACCAAAUGGAGGGGAAUGUAGGGAAUUGAAGAAUGACUCUGAUUUUUGGGCUUUAGUUACUAUAUUGCCCCCAAAUAGAGUGGCAAUUGUGUACAUAGUUGAUGACAACUUUGUCCCAAAUAUUGAGAGUCAAGUUGCAAUCAAUAAUUGUGUGGAGUCAAGCCUCAGUCAAGAAGAACCAAAAGUUGAUGUAGGUGUAGAAGAUGAGGAUUCUGAAUAUGAAGAUUCUGACUAUGAGCAAAGUGAUGCUGAGGAUGAUAUUCUUUUUGAUGACAUUGUAGAGAAAUGUGUCAAUGAAGGAGGCAAUGUUAAUGUCUCAAGUAGUGUUGCAGCCUUCCCAAAUUUGGAGUUCGGGGAUGUUGAAACAGAGUCUGAAAAUUCAUAUGAAUUUAAGAGUGGUGGUGAAGAAGAUUCUGAGGGUGAAGAAAAUGGUGGUACACGAAAGAGGAAGUUGCCUAACUUCACUCAAUUUAGGAGUGAUAUGGAUAUGAAGAAUCCACAGUUUAGGUUAGGCAUGAUGUUUGCUAAUAGGAAUGAGUUUAAACAGGCAGUAAGAUAUUAUGCUUGUGUUAAUGGAAAAGAUAUUAGAUUCACACUAAGAGAGAGUUUCAAAGUUCAAGCUAAGUGCAAAAAGCCAUGUCCUUGGGUGAUUUAUGCAUCUAAGGUGGAUGAGAGUUCUACUCUUAUGUUGAUUGAUAAUCCUAAAUGGGAAGUGCCAAAAUUCCAAGAAGCUGUGCGUAAACAAUACAAUUUGAAUAUCACAAAGAACCAAAUAUAUAGAGCAAAAAGUUUGGUGGCUGCUAAGAUUGAUGGGACUUAUGAGGAGCAAUAUGGAAGGUUAUGGGAUUAUUGUGAGGAGUUAAAGAGAACAAACCCUGGCAGUACAAUUGUUAUCAAGACAGAGAUGGAAGGUGGAAAACCUAUUUUUCAGAGAAUGUAUGUGUGUUUUGCAGCUCUUAAGAAGGGCUUCAUACAGGGUUGUAGGCCAGUUGUUGGGUUAGAUGGAUGCCACAUUAAAGGUCCACAUCCUGGGCAAUUACUUUGUGCUAUUGGGAUAGAUGCCAAUAAUGGCAUGUAUCUAAUAGCGUAUGCCAUUGUUGAAAUAGAAAAUAGGUGCACGUGGACUUGGUUCCUAGAGAUACUCAUCAAUGAUUUGAGGAUUGAUAAUGGGCUUUCUUGGGUCAUUAUGUCAGACAAGCAGAAAGGUCUACUGAGAGCUGUUGAAGACCUUGUUCCUAGUGUUGAACACAGGCAUUGUGUUCGACACUUGUAUAAUAAUUUCAAGAAAGGUCACAAUGGAAUGGCACUUAAGCAAAUACUUUGGGAAGCAGCAAGGGCAACCACCAUUCCUGGGUUUAAAGCACAUAUGACUAGGAUGGAAAUUGAAGAUGGAAGAGCAAUAGGAUGGUUUGAUGACAAGCCUGCAAAGCAUUGGAGUAGAUCCCAUUUUAGGACUACAUCAAAAUGUGAUAUCUUGUUGAAUAAUAUGUGUGAGUCUUUUAACAGUGUAAUAUUAAGUGCAAGAGAUAAACCAAUAUUGACUAUGAUGGAGAGGAUUAGGACAUAUCUGAUGGUGAGAAUGGCAAGAAUGAGAGAGACUGCAGAUAAGUGGACUUGUGAUGUUGGCCCUAGAGUGUUUAAAAUUGUUGAGAAAAACAAAUUAGAAAGUGGUUCUUGCAUUCCUUGUCUUGCUGGUGACAAGAAGUAUCAAGUGAGGCAUAUUAGUGGGGCACAGUUUGUGGUGGAUUUGACAGCCCACACUUGUUCAUGUAGGAGGUGGGAUCUCACUGGAAUUCCUUGUUCUCAUGGCAUUUCUGCAAUAUACAGAAGAGAAGAGGAUCCAUACAACUAUGUUCACUCUUGUUACAAGAAACCAGCAUUCUUAAGAGCCUACAAGCCUUAUAUCAACCCAAUGGCUGGUGAAGAAUAUUGGCCAGUGACAAACCAUCAGCCUAUUAGACCCCCUAAGUAUCACAAGCAAGCUGGGAGACCAAGGAUGCUCAGAUGUAGGGAGCCAGAUGAGGUUCGACCUCCUUCAAAUCCAAACAAAAUUCGAAGAUGCUUAAUCAAGAUCAACUGCAGCAAGUGUGGCCAAGAAGGCCAUAAUGCUACUACUUGUGAAAGGAGGAAGCAAGCAAAAAGAGCUCAAGUGAAUGGAGAAGGUGAUCUAAGAGGGCAAACUUCAGCAAAUCCAAGCCAACAACAGUCACAGACAAAUGGACGAAAUAGGACAAGUGAAACCUCAGCAAAUCAAGCGCACUCUGUACCAAGAGGAAUACAAUCUGCACGAAAUAUGUUUGAAUCCAAUGCACAAGUCUCAAACCCAAGUUCUUCUUCUACAAGAGCAAGCACAAUGAAAACCAAUACCAAGUCUUAUGCCAAGAAGAAUAACGUAUGGAAACCAUAA